AUGGUUCCAAUUAAUGAUUUGGAUGAAGAUAAAUUAUUUGGUGAAUACUGUGAAAUAAAAGAUACGUAUAAAGAAUUAACAAAGACAGAUAUUAGAUUAGGUGUUCAAAUAAAAUCAUAUAUUUCAAUGAAAAAACCAUUUACCUCAACAUCGUCAAAACAUCAAAAUGAUGCUGAUUCAACGACAGAUAAUGAUGAUCAGGAUGAGAGUUUUUUGAAACAUAAGAACAACAAUGACGCUCAUAUUCGUCCUGAUCAGUUAGAGGCAUACUUAUUACAUAUGAAUCAAAGCGAAACACCAAAUGUGCAAACACUUAUUUGUUAUAUAUUUUCAAUACCAUGCACUAAUGGAUAUGUUGAAACAAUAUUUAGUCAUAUGAAACAUGCAUGGUCAGAUUCACGCAAUCGUAUGGAUAACGAAUCAGUUGCUGCUGAAUUAAAAAUACGUUUAAAUGCGGACUUUUCAUGGGCAAAUUUUUAUAAGCACCUUCUUUCACAGCCUGAUUUAUUAAAAAGAAUAAGGACAAAUGAACAAAACAGAGAGAAAUCAGUUUUUGUUUUCUGA